AUGUUUGCAGUAGUCACACAGUCUGUCCUACUAUCAGUAACGUUUCAUUUAAUUUGCUGUAAAAAUCCGGAGGAGCAGGCGAAGGUUGAAAUAAAUGAGCAUUAUACAGUCUAUGGAAACAAGUACGAGCCGAGCAACGCGACUGAAGUGAAGACAGAGGUGCGCGAAUAUCUGGGCAUCCCCUUUGCUAAGCCACCACUUGGUGACCUGCGUUUUGCUCCACCCCAACCCCUCGACGAGAUAAAGGGAACCCUUUAG